AUGGCCUCGGAGCCGAGCCAGGAGCUGGCUCACUUGGAGGACACGCCGGCUUACAAAACGCUGAAGGAGGCGGGCAUCCUCGUGACCAAAUACCGAAAGCAGUGUUUUGAGGACAUAUUUGAUGGGGUGGAUCUUUCGGCGAACUCCUCCAAGUCCAACGACCUUGUGCAAAAGUGCAUCUACGGUUAUUUCGUGUGUCCGAUUCUGGGGUGCAUUUUGUACAAUACGACCCACACCGAAUUUUUCGUUCCGGCCGGAUGCGUCGGCCUCUUGAUGAACGAGAAGCAGGAGUACCUCUUCGCGCAGCCCGGCAUGCACAACAUCGGGGGGUGUUUCAUGAAGCACUGCGGCACGCAUAAGCUCCCCACGAACGACGCGCUCGUGCACGGCAACAGGUGCAUUCUGAUGGUAGAGCAGGGCUACCUGGGGCUGGCCUUCGACAACGGCCAGCCCGUGCUGCUGCCUCCUGGCAUACACGUGUGGACGUCCGACACGCUGAGCUACAACAAAGCCAUCUCCCUGGACCAGCACAUGUCGCUGUCUUUCUCGCAGUGGCGAGCAGCGAUCCGAGCUCUGGCCCUGUGGUGCGGGCCUUACAGCCCAGCGUUCUUCCAGGGCUGCCCCAGACGCUCGUCGCUCAACAACGGGAAGCAGCACAUCCUUCCUGGCGGCGCCACUCAUUUGUUGAACCACAAGAACUGGCGGUUUGAGAAGUUCUUGACUUUGAAGAUACAAACCGACGAUCUUGAGCAAAUCAAGGCCACAAGUGCAGACAAUAUCACCAUGCAGGUGACGUCCACAGUCACUUGGUGCAUCAAGAACCCGACACUGGCUGCGACAAUGGGCGCCGAGACGAUGGCGGUUGGAUCUAAGGCAGUCUCUUCUGAUAUCGCGAAGUUGCGUCAGGACGUGCUUAAGCAAGCCAUUGCGUCCUUGGCAAGUUUCAUCGGUGGUGUCAACUAUUCUGACAGCUUCCACAUGGCCGCAAGCGUUCAGGGGAAAAAGUCACGCGCACCUGGAGGAGGCAGAGAUGACGAGCCCGAGUCGGAAGCGAGGACGAGCAAGACCAUGGACAACCCGCUGUACGACGUGAGCCGGAUGAACGACGCCGUGGCGCACGCGAACGUGACGGCCAUGACGUACGGCGCGAAGUGGGGGGCCCUGGGGGCCGGGGAGUGCGGGCCUGCCACGCACCAGCCGCAGCACGCGCGGUGGCGGGUACUGUCCAUCAACAUCCUCUCGGCGGUCCCCAUCGACGUCGAGCUCACGAAGGCGCUGGCCUGCGGUGCGGUGGCGAGCGCCCAGGCCCUGCAGGCGGAGACGGCCGCCAGGGGCAACGCCAAGGCGAUGAAGCUCGACGCGACCGCGGCCGCGGACAAGGCGAAGAUCGAGGCGGAGGGCCAGGCGCAGGCCGAGGUCAUCCGCGCCAAGGCCAUGGCCGAAUCUGCGCGCUUGGUGGCCGAGGGCAACAAGGACGCAGCGAACAUGCUGUCCACGAACGCCGUGGCCGUCGACCUGGCCAGGAUGGAUAAGAGCUCGCAGCUCAUCGGCAAGAACGACAAGUUCUUCUUCGGCCAGGAACCCAGCUAUUUGUCGAGCCUCGUCCUCAAGGGCGACCACGCGAGCAAGGGUGCGAAGGGAGGUAUGUUUGGCUGA